AUGUCUGCUUCGGAUCGUCAAGAGACGCCAAAGAUCGCCGCUGUGUUUCUUGUAGUAUUCGACCAAAAGGUAGGGUGCGUACAGGGCGUGAUUUACGCCUGCACCACAGAUGCUGACGCGUGCCAGCUACACCAUUGCCUGGAAGCGUAGCCUGCCCGAUCUCGAUCUCGAAGGAGUCGAAUAUAAGAGUUUUCCGUCCGGCCUCCACGCUGUUAAAGAGGACUUGGUGUAUUUCAUUCACGCGCAGAAUGCCGGAGUCAGCGCAUUCGUACAGGGAGAGGCGGAUGCAGGACACCGCAAUGCGAACUUCGUAGCUGUCGGUGCAUUAGUCCCACUCAGCUAUGGGCAAUUAGGAAGAAGCUGGGUACACGCAGAAGAGCUCAGGAGCUUGGCAAGAGACAUUGUCAAGGAUGGAGACAAUAAGCAGCCAUUAGAGCUGUUCUGGAAGAAACAUGUGGUGGAUGAGACAUCGAAGAAGCCAUCGAUACCUUCAGAGUUAGGCGUUGAGGCUGGGGGCGGCCCAGGAGAUAGAAAGAGAAGGCGGGCCCUCUCGGAGGCAACGUUAGCAGGUUUCAACGCAGAGCAACAUUGGCCGGCGGCCCAUCCCGCUCUCCAUGUACCAGCGUUGCUGGAUAUCUGGGGCCCUCUGCUCUUCCCACUCUACCGAGCCGUACUCUCGCGAAAGCGAAUUCUGCUUGUUAGCAGCCCCUCAGUACAGGCGAACGCAAAUACCGUAUACCUAGCGUCCGUACUAUCGGGCAUCCCGCGGUCUUUGGGCGAGAGCCUGCCUCCAGAAGCCGAUGAUCUCCACCGCGCUCUGCCUCUGUUCAGCGUCGGCAUACACGAUAUCCCGAGCCUAUCCAAGCGCAGCGAUGACAGAACUGGUUGGCUUGCAUGCACGACUGACGAAAUUCUGGGAGAGAAGAAGGAUUUGUACGACCUGCUCGCUGAAUUACCAGGUUCUGCACCCACACCUCACAAGGUUUGGCCAAAACUUCGCACGUCAGACGGCAGGAUACUCAGAGCUUCACAGCGUGACUUGCGUAGAUGGACCCUCUUGCGCCGAGAACUGAGACGAUUACGGAGGCAGACAAUCGGUCUUUAUACAGACAUACCGAUUGUAGAGCCUGCAACUGACAGCGACGAACGACCCCUGCUCAAGCGGAGUCGAACCAGUGCCGACCUUUACGAUAACACUGGACUGCAAGAGCGUGACGAGUCAGAGGCGGUGGAAGCCUCUUCAUGGAGCGCACUCGCGUACCGCGGCUUCAUGUGGUGGGCCUCCGCAGGCGAAGCAAGUGCCUGGGAGAACGAGGAAUCGAAAGCAGAUGAGGAGUUACUCUUUGAUCUACCUAACGUACAUGACAUGUUUCCCAACUCGUCACCUGGCGGCAAUGGUACGGAGGCAGAGCGCGAAGCAGAAUAUGCGCGUGCAGCAGCUACAUUACUAGUGGCUUACUUCCGCCGAAUCACCGAAGAAGCGCUGAGGUCGAUGGCGAGUAUUGUCGAAGAAGCAGACGACAACACAGAAGAAGGCAUUGAGGAAGAUGAAAUUGAGCUCAGCGGUGACGACGUUCGUGCCAUGGGCCUGGAUGCCUGGAGUGGCGAGGACAAAAUCUUUGUCAAGGACAUGAUGAAGCUUUGGUUCGAGCGCGAUGCUAAUGUCACCGAUCAAGGAGUGCGGCUAUGCGGGGUACGGAUAUGCUAA